AUGUGCUAUCAGCUUGUUGAACUCUACUCGGCUUGCCGCUGCCUCUACUACCAGCACGCCAUUGACCGCUGCGCGGCAUACGGAAGGCCAGGCCACAACAUUGAGCAGCGCACAAUCUACGUCGGUUAUGCCUGCAGCGCGCAUACCGGCCACAGCGCUCAGUACGCACAUGAAUCUACAUAUUCGGAUUCUGGCUACGGUAGC